AUGAAUAUUUCACACACUGCCAUUCUCUUCCUCCUGCUGCUGCUACUCCUUCUCACAACAGUCACCACUUUAAAUGCCUUCGUACCUCUUGAAAUUGGUCCCAACUUGUAUGAAUUUGGUGUUGCCGUCAACAAGGGUUCUACAAGAGGAGUUGUUGUUACAAAAUGUGGUCCAAUUGGUAAACAAUUUGAUUGCAUAUUGUCUCUAUUGAUGGAUUUUACAGAAUCUACUUCAUUUACCAUGUUUGCCAUGUUGGUUAUUAAUGCACUUAGUGGAGAAUCCACAAGUGUCGAAAUUCCUGGCAAUCCAUUGGGUGGAGUGAUUGCUUCCAACUAUGCCAGUUUAUUGGAAGAUCGAGAGAAGAGAUUUUACUAUGCACAUUUUGGUGCUACGUUUUAUCAGUUUGAUGCUCAAUUGAUGAAUUUUACAUUUUAUCAAAGAACUCAUAAUGGAAUGGCUAUGGCUCUAACCAUGGAUGAUUAUGGACAAAUUUGGGGAGGAACUUAUCCUAAAUGUGGUGUAUUUUCAUUCAAUCCAAAUAAUACUUUAUUGAAAGAUUAUGGAUUUGUGUAUAAUCAAACAUGGGACAUGUAUCCAAGAUCGAUUGCUUCAGAUGAUUUGGGAUUUAUUUAUAUUGGAAUUGCCUUUACAAAAUCACAAUUUAUUGCUCUGAAUCCAAAAACAGGUCAAUAUUAUCCAUUGAUUGAUGAGGUGAAUAGAUUGGAUGGAACUGGUGUGUUGUACAGAGAUUUGGAUGGUGCUGUUUAUGGUAAUCAAGGUGGCUCAUCAAUUGUUUACAAAAUGUAUAAUGGUACCAUGAUUUCCAAUGUUACUAAAAAGAAAACAGCCAAGGUUUACUUAGCUGGAAGUCAAGAUUAUAUUUACAGAUAUUUCCAGAGUGGAAAUUUCUUACAAGAUUUCAAUGCUGUCGAUAAGACUUUUGUAAUCAAGUUAUCGAAUGGAACCUUAUUGAAUAGAGACUUUACCUAUUCUUGUCGUGGUGCUAAUAUCAUGGAUAUGGUUGCCACUCCAGAUAGAAAUUUAUUAAUUGGAGCUACAAGUUUUCCAAUGACCAUGUUUUCCUUGAAUGGAAAUCCAGUUCAAAGUUUACAAAAUAAUCCAGCACUAGAUCAGUGGAAUACCAUUAAAAGUGUUCCAUAUGAUUCGAAUAUUUGGAUUGGGACCUAUCCAGAAGGUAGAUUAUUAUCUUAUUCUCCAUCCAAGCCAUACGUGUAUACUGAAAUUGGAAAUAAUCGAACUAAUCCAGUUUUUAUUGGAACAUCCUCACCACAUGUGAACAGACCUAGCUGUGUUCUAAUUCAUCCAAAUAUGGAACACGUACUCAUGUCAGGAAAACCAGCAUAUGGUAAAACAGGAGGAGGUUUAUUAAUCCAUAAUAGAAAAUUACAAAAUGUUAUAGUAUUGAAUCAUACUCAAUUAAUUCCUUAUCAUUCAAUCUAUAGCAUGUCUAGUAUGAAAUCCAGUAAUAGCAUUAUUAUUUGUGGAACUACGACUGAUCCUGGAACAGGAGGUCAACAAAUUGCGACCGAAUCUGAAUUAUUCCUAUUCGAUUUGUCGACCCUCAAUGUUCUUAAACGAUUCAAGCCAUUCAAAAACGUUGGACACUAUUACGAAUUGUUCAAUUGUCCUGAAAAUGAUUUAAUUUACGGAUAUACUGACACCAGAAUAUUCUUUGUUUACAAUCCAUUGACAGAUUCGAUCAUUCACAACAGAACCAUUGAUAGAAUAUUUGUUGAACAAGGUCCACACUCCAUUGUCAGCCAUCCAAAAACAAAUGAAACUUUCAUCACCAGCUCAACUGGACUUUACAAAAUUAAUCCAGUCAAUUUUUCAUUCAUUUUAAUUUUCAAACCAAACAAGUUGCUCAUGUUCAAUGCAGUGAUUCUAAAUGAUGGAUUUUAUUAUUUCAGAGCUGGAACUGAAGUUUAUGGAUACAAAUUGUUUAAUGCAACAUUUAUUGACCCAGUGAAUAGUGUGAUUGGAAUGAAAUCGAGUGUAAAUCCAAUGAAAAGUGGGGAUAGAACUGUUGCACUGAGUGUGGGUGUUGCAAACAAAUUUACUUUGUUGAUUAUUUUGUUAUGUUUGACCUUUGUUCAAUAUUUAAUAUUGGCUUAA